AUGGCGAGCCUGUCGGACUCGGCGGGCGCAGGAGGCGGCGGCGGCGGCGGCCGCGCCGGCGCGGAGCUGAUGGUGCCACAGUUCCUACUCAAGGCGCUGCACGCCAUCCUCGCCGUGCGGUCGCCGCGCCCGCACGCGCCCCCGCCCCCGGCGGCGUCGGCGGCGUUCCGGAGGCGGGACCGCUGGUUCCACCUGCCGCUCCACGCGCCGCCGCCGCCGCCCGCGGCGGAGCACCUGCCGGAGCCGUCCCCCGGGGAGCCGCUCGUGGUGGACGUGUACCUGGCCCCGUCGGGCGGCGGCGGACCAGAGGAGGUGCUCGAGAGGUGGACCGUGGCGUGCGAGCCAUGGCCCUCGCGCGCCGCGGCCGCCGCCGUCGGGGAGGGGCUGGCGGUCAACAGGGCGUACAAGCGCUGCAUCACGCUGCUCAGGUCACUCUACGCCGCGCUCCGCUUCCUCCCGGCGUACCGCGCCUUUCGCACGCUCUGCGCGUCCGGCCAGGUGUACAACUACGAGAUGGGCCACCGCGUCGGCUCCUUCGCCACGCCCUUCUCCCGCGCCGAGGAGGCGGCCAUGCGCACCAAACGCCUCGCCCCCGUCGAGACCCAGCUCGGCCGCCUCGUCGUCUCGGUCCAGUACCUCCCCAGCCUCGCCGCCUUCAAUUUCGAGGUCACUUCCCUCGCGUCAGCCGCGAUCAUCACGGAUUAUGUCGGCAGCCCGGCGGCCGAGCGUAUGCGUGCCUUCCCAGCUUCGCUCACGGAGGCCGCCGGCCCGCCCUUUCCGCAGCCCUCGCGGCGCCCCAACAGCUGGGCGUCGCCAGCGCCCUGGCCGCACACGUUGGGGCAACCGGCGAAAUUCUCGCCUCCGCCGGCCCAUUACGCAUCGCCCACGCCCUCGCCGCCGACGUUUGGCUAUCUGCACUCACGGUUUAGCGGUGAGACUGCACCAAUGAGCAUACCACAGACGGGCGGUGGCAGGGGCACUGCGCACCAUCGGAACAUGUCGGAACCCAGUAGGGCCUUCAUGUUUCCUCCACCUUCGCCAAAGAAUGUGCGAGGGGAAGCAGGGAUGCAGGAGUCACCUACAGAGACCAGUCGGUCAUUCAAGAGGGCGGAUGGCAUCCGCAUGGGAGAUCUCUAUGCAAACUUGCCGUCUGGUUCUAAGGUUAAGGACAGUAGGGAUGAAUCUGGCAGGUUCUCUGGUGUCUUCUCUUCUAGUGGUUCACCACGACUUGGUUUCUCAAGAAGUUCAAGCAGAUUAUCAAUGCAGGAUGAUACUGAUGAUGCGGAUUUUCCUUUUGCUGUGGAUGAUGUUGAUCCAGAUUCACGACCAGGGAGUAGUGGUGGAAAGGACACAGGGGAUCAGGCUGGUUCGUCAUCCCAUAAAUCCCAAGAUGCUGCUGUUGGGUAUCUUGUCCACCUGCUGAAAUCUGCACGUCCACUGCGAGAUUCUAGCUACUCAUCUCAUACAUCAAGGGGUGAAUCUAUCGAGGCAGGAAGCACCAGCUCUUUCAUGUCCCGCAGGACAUCCGAUGCACUGGAGGAGUUCGAAUCUUUCAAAGAAAUAAGGGAGAACCUGCUAGCACGUAGUAGGUCUCGGCUGCAAGAUUCAUUGGAUAAACCCUAG